GCAUCAUGGAGCGGUUAGUGAUGUUGGCAGUGGUGGUAUAGAGAGGACAGUGGACUACGCAGCUCAGCCUUAAAAAAACUGGGGUAUAAAAUAUCUGACGAAAGCACCGGGAGGAAGGGGUGGACUUUGAUUUGGUAAGGUUCCCGUCCUCUCCUCGUCACAGUUACUGGUAUUUACUAGACGGAGCAAGACCUACUCAGAUAUCAGUCUGGUUGGAUUAAUUAAUGACGAACGGAGCGUGUGAGGCAAAGCGAUCACAACGCGUCCACGGUGCAGGAGGAUAACAGGUGGAAACCGAUAGCAGUUUCGGGGACUAACAGAGGGAACAAGAGAAUUGUUGUAAUUCUUAAAGAUUCCGACCGUUCUUCGGCGGGGACUCUGACCUGACUAGAUCAGGCUAGCUAUCAUUAUCUGUUGUACAGUCGGAUAGACAAGGCUGCCGGCCGGCAGGGGUGGAGGCACGGUUUGUCACACACUUCCAGCGAGGCGUCAACCACACUAUUACCUUACACCGGCCCAACCACCAGUUGAAAGUGAGAGCGCGGCUUACGGUUGAGAUAAUAACAGGUGUCCAGCCCGUCACGGGCCAGUCUCACUGCUGCAUCAGGGCUGGUGACACAUACUCGAGGUAUCCAGCGUGCCGCAUCACUAGGAUACACACAUGCAAUCCAACCAACCAACUAGGACCUAACUAUACAAGGUGGACUCCAUAUCAGUCUUGGUAUCUUCGCAGCUGACCAAGCCGCAGAAGACUUGUCAUCAUCGAUCUACUUGUUUGGUCACACAACCACUCUUUGACAUCUGCUCAGCCGUGUCGUCGAGAAACCGUGAACGCCGUCGGGUUACAUAAAUAAAAAUUUGUGAGGGGCUUAUUAUCACCUGAACCAGUCGUCGCAAGUGCAUUUUUGACUCCAAUUUCUUCAUCUUCAUGCCCCUCCCCUUUUGGUCAGACUCUCCCGUCACUGUCAUCUUCGACACCAUCAGCAGCCGCAGCGGAGUCGGUACUGUCUCAAAGGAGAAGACCACAGAAUGGACAUGAAGUUGGAGCAGGCAAUAAUCACGGGACCGGAGUGCAAACACCUGCCGAUGGGUAUCGGCCGGACAUCGAAGGAGGUGUGUGCUGGGUGUGCCCGGCCCAUCGAGGACCGCUACCUGAUGAAGGUGAUGGACCACUGUUGGCAUGAGCACUGUCUACAGUGCUGCGUCUGCCAUUCCCCACUCUCUCAUUCCUGUUUCGCCCGGGACCGGAAACUCUACUGUAAACUCGACUACGAAAAGUUGUUUGGAACAAAGUGCAAUAGCUGUCUGCAGUCCAUCCCAUCCAGCGAGCUGGUGAUGCGGGCGCUGAGCAACGUCUACCAUCUGAGAUGCUUCACUUGUGUCAUCUGCCGGCAGCAACUAAAGAAGGGUGAUGAGUUUGUGCUGAAAGAGAACCGGCUCUACUGCAAGGACGACUACACCAAGGAGCAGAGUACCAUUGAACAGAAAGUGUCACGUAAAGAGACUUCAGAUGGGCGGAAAGGGCCCAAGAGACCUCGAACAAUCUUGACCACUCAGCAGAGACGAGCCUUCAAGGCAUCCUUCGAAGUCUCCUCCAAACCUUGUCGAAAGGUGCGAGAGUCCCUAGCUGCUGAGACAGGACUGAGUGUCCGUGUGGUUCAAGUCUGGUUCCAGAACCAAAGAGCUAAGAUGAAAAAACUGGCCAGGAAGAAUAUGACAGAGCAAGAGGCGGCAGCUCAGAGGCGAAGUGGUCAGAACAGGCACCGUAGGAACAAGGACAAGAAUGAUGAUUCUGAUAGUGAUGACAGUACAUGCGUCAAGAUGGACGAUGACGAUGAUGAUUUCUCCUUUGACGAUCUUAGCAACCACGAAUUCGACAUGGGCCACAGCGUGACACCGCACAUGACGCCACCCACGGCAGACCCUCCACCGUACCCGGAGUCCUCCAUGUCCCUCUCCGUCCCCCCACCACAGGGGAUGGCUUCCACCUCCCCUAUGUACACCCACGAUCACAUGUUCUUGGCAGACGGCCCCCCACCCAUAGACAGCGGUAUUGAUGAUGACCUGGUGUCGACGAGUCAGGGAACCUCUCUUCACAGUAGUGGGAGCGAGUGUGAGGGGAACGGCCUGGUGCAUCAUAGUAUCUCCAUCAGCAAUCCGAUCGACAAGUUGUAUUCAAUGCAGGACUCGUACUUCAAUGCAAUUGAAUGACUAGAAAAUGUGUGAAUCAACACAGUGACUGUAACAAUCAAACCCAAGGCAAGGGGGCUGCCAUUUUGAAUAUCUUCCAUACAGACCCAACAGCAUGGCUCAUGUCAUCGGCUGGUGCCUUCAGAACAGCUCAUGGAGACAGCUAUCAUUUGGGUUUAUUUUAGAGACCAGACGGCAAUGUACCAGAUAGCAAACAAUACUGUCUGCACUGCAAGAAAUUUGGUGUCUCAAUAAUAUAUGUGGACCAAUGGACUGCGUGUACAAAUGAUCCCCUCGACAUCAACAAAGUGAGCGACAGAAACAGACACUUCAACAACACUGCCGCCAUAUACCAGGCAACCACAGCAAAACACUUCUGGUUGUAGACAUUCUGACGAAAACUGGCCAAGCGUACUGUGCACCACACACUCAAGCCACUGGGUCUAGAAUUCCUGUAUGAGAUCACACAAGAAAGGGCUGGUUCCUAAGUUAUCAACUUCACUUAUGAUGGAAACACAUGUACAGUCGAGGAAUAAGACCAAGAUGGCCGCCUUGAUAUUCACACAGAAUGUGACCACCUCAUCCACCAAAUCACACAGUGAUUUCACUCAUGGCUACAUUAUAGUUACAGAACUCAUUGCAAUGUGUUAAUGAAACCUUUGUAAAUAUAAACUCUUAGUUUUACAUGCAAUCCAAUAGGCCAACCGCUGAGUCAACUCACACAUCUUCAUUGUUCGCUUUACCCAAAACCCUUAAAUACCGACUUAAUGAUUCUCUCUAAUCUCCUGUGAGAACUAGGUUCUGCAGAACCACCAAGUACAUGUACUUGAGGAUGGUCUUGGGUCUGCUGCAGAAUCAACAUGUGAGGGCGCCUUACACAAAACACAGAAACUCAAGCAGAUGAGGCAACAGAUGUGCAGCCAACAAAUGUUUGCAACACAUAACAGAAUGUCUGUCUCUACAAAAUUGUGGGAUGAUGCUGUGCUGCCAUCCCAUUCUAGUGAAAAAGCCCCGCCCCCCUUAAUUUUGCCAGAAAUCUAAACCACCCAUCAGUGGCCUAAAAUUGAAAGACUGGUAGACAAGUCCCCAGACUGGUCUGAGCUAGCAUCGUUUUCAUCUUCUCAUCAAGUCAACACACAUAUAUGUUUUGUGUGUAAACGUACAGGCCUAUGCAAUGUGUACCUGAUUUUUUUGAUCAACCUAUCUAUAAAAAAAGUGCAGGCCAAAUACUUACUGAGUGCAAAUUACAACCACAUAUAUUUGCUCCAAAUUUGUUAGUUCCAAUUUAUUUUUGUUCAUGUUGUCUUUAGAACUUUACUGUCUGAACGUAGUUAAUUGUACACUGUGUGCUACAUGAAAGAUGGCUUUUUCAUGGUUCAAACAAAAUGAAAUGCUAUCACUUUGUCAAUGUGUUCAGUUAAGCCCAGAUUAAACACCUUGUUUUAUAUGAUGAAGUGACCUCUUUCCUGACUCCAUAAGGUGCUGCAUAAAUGACAGAAUCUGGUGAAGGUAUGAUUAGUGUAACUCAGUGCUGUGGCAUAGCCAAUCUUUCUUUGCCAGGCUAGGGGGUACACAUGCAUGUAUAUACCGUUUCUGCCGCCUCGAGAAGUCCACUGAUCCCAACUCACAUCUAACACAAACAAAAGCACUGAGCAUAGACUUUACCAGAAAAUGUGGCAGAAUAAGAAACUUACGGUGUCUUACACUGUAAACCAGAAGUCUGUUUAUUCCAACUCUAAUUUCCUUCCUAACAAUCACUUUUACUGGGGUAGAGGGGACAGAUAACCACCACAGCUGUUUUCUAAGGAGAGGUAUAACGGACCUAUUUAUUGUUAAGAAGGCACAAUAGCCAUUUAUACAGAGAUUAUCCUUAUACUGUACAUAGUAACUGUUUUUCUGUGUUUUCUCUUCACGUACUUAUUUAUUGACUAAUAUCCAGCUAAAUAUGAAGCAAUCGCUUUUGUCUUUGAGUAUUUAGCCAGUGAGCUUGGAACAAUUUUUAACGUAGGACUAAAUAUAGAUUUGUAUAUUUACAAGUAUGUACUUCUCUGCCUGUUCGUUGAUUAAAACACAAAUAAUUGGCAGGUUUUUAUUUAUUGUUUUAUGGGAAAAGUAAAGCUACUGGUUUGUUGAAGAAAGGAAAACAGUAACACGCUCGCUGAACACAAAGAUUGAGUACUAGAUUAAAAGUACCACAUUUGAACUCUACUUUCCUCUUUCAAAAGUUGCAGCAUCUGAUGAAAACAAACACGAAUAAAAGACGGAAAUGUCACUCGUUGAGAAAUUGA